GGGGAGGGGAAGCUCCGGGUCAAGGAGCAAACCCGGCACAAGAUGGCGGCGGUAGCGGCAGUGGCGGCGCGUAGGAGGCGGUCUUGGACGGGUUUGGUACUGGCUUGUUUAGGGGUCUGCCUGGGACUUACCCUUGCUGUGGAUAGAAGCAACUUUAAGACCUGUGAAGAGAGUUCCUUCUGCAAGAGGCAGCGAAGCAUACGGCCAGGCCAGUCUCCAUACCGAGCCUUGCUGGACUCUCUGCAGCUUGGUCCUGAUACCCUCACAAUCCAUCUAAUCAACGAAGUCACCAAGGUGUUGCUGGUGCUGGAGCUCCAGGGGCUUCAAAAGAACAUGACUCGGAUCCGGAUUGAUGAACUAGAGCCCCGACGGCCCCGAUACCGUGUGCCAGACGUGUUGGUGGCUGAGCCCCCCACCGCUCGGCUUUCUAUCUCUGGCCAGGAUGACAACAGCAUGGAGGUAACCGUGGCUGAGGGACCCUAUAAAAUCAUUUUGACUGCGUGGCCAUUCCGGCUGGACCUGCUGGAGGACCGCAGCCUUCUGCUCAGUGUCAAUGCCCGAGGACUCUUAAAUUUUGAGCACCAGAGGGCCCCCAGGGUCUCUUUCUCGGAUAAAGUUAGUCUCACGCUCGGUAGCAUUUGGGAUAAGAUCAAGAACCUUUUCUCUAGGCAAGGAUCAAAAGACCCAGCUGAGGGCGAUGGGGCCCAGCCCGAGGAAGCACCUGGGGAUGGAGACAAGCCAGAGGAGAUCCAGGGGAAGGCAGAGAAAGAUGAGCCAGGAGCCUGGGAAGAGACAUUCAAAACUCACUCUGACAGCAAGCCCUAUGGCCCCACGUCUGUGGGUUUGGAUUUCUCUCUGCCAGGCAUGGAGCAUGUGUAUGGGAUCCCCGAGCAUGCAGACAGCCUGAGGCUAAAAGUUACUGAGGGUGGGGAUCCGUAUCGCCUCUACAAUUUGGACGUGUUCCAGUAUGAGCUGUACAACCCCAUGGCCCUGUACGGCUCCGUGCCUGUGCUCCUGGCACACAGCCCUCACAGGGACCUGGGCAUCUUCUGGCUCAACGCUGCAGAGACCUGGGUUGACAUAUCCUCCAACACUGCAGGGAAGACCCUGUUUGGGAAGAUGCUGGACUACCUACAGGGCUCUGGGGAGACCCCACAGACAGAUGUUCGCUGGAUGUCGGAGAGCGGCAUCAUCGAUGUCUUCCUGCUCCUUGGGCCCUCCGUCUUCGAUGUCUUCCGGCAGUACGCUAGUCUCACUGGGACCCAGGCAUUGCCCCCGCUCUUCUCCCUCGGCUACCACCAGAGCCGCUGGAACUAUCGAGAUGAGGCCGAUGUCCUGGAAGUUAAUCAGGGCUUUGAUGAUCACAACCUGCCCUGUGAUUUCAUCUGGCUGGACAUCGAGCAUGCUGAUGGCAAGCGGUACUUCACCUGGGACCCCAGCCGCUUCCCCCAGCCCCGCACCAUGCUUGAGCAUUUGGCCUCUAAGAGGCGCAAGCUGGUAGCCAUUGUGGACCCUCACAUCAAGGUGGACUCCAGCUACCGCGUACAUGAAGAGUUACAGAACCUGGGUCUGUAUGUUAAAACCCGGGAUGGCUCUGACUAUGAGGGCUGGUGCUGGCCAGGUGCAGCUAGUUACCCUGAUUUCACCAAUCCCAAGAUGAGAGCCUGGUGGGCUAACAUGUUUCGCUUUGAGAAUUACGAGGGCUCAUCUUCCAACCUCUAUGUCUGGAAUGACAUGAACGAACCGUCCGUGUUCAAUGGCCCUGAGGUCACCAUGCUCAAGGAUGCCCAGCAUUAUGGGGGCUGGGAGCACCGAGACGUGCACAACAUCUAUGGCUUCUAUGUGCACAUGGCAACUGCUGACGGGCUGGUGCUGCGCUCUGGGGGUGUAGAACGGCCCUUUGUCCUGAGCAGGGCUUUCUUCGCUGGCUCCCAGCGCUUUGGAGCCGUGUGGACUGGGGACAACACUGCUGAAUGGGACCAUUUGAAGAUCUCUAUCCCUAUGUGUCUCAGCUUGGGGCUGGUGGGACUUUCCUUCUGUGGAGCGGAUGUGGGUGGCUUCUUCAAAAAUCCAGAGCCAGAGCUGCUUGUGCGCUGGUACCAGAUGGGUGCUUACCAGCCAUUCUUCCGGGCACACGCCCAUUUGGACACUGGUCGGCGAGAGCCGUGGCUGUUACCGACUCAGUACCAGGACAUGAUCCGAGAUGCCCUGGGCCAGAGAUACUCCUUACUGCCCUUCUGGUACACUCUCUUCUAUCAGGCCCAUCGUGAAGGGGUUCCUGUCAUGAGGGCCCUGUGGGUGCAUUAUCCUCAGGACGUGACGACCUUCAGUAUAGAUGAUGAGUUCCUGCUUGGGGAUGCACUGCUGGUUCACCCUGUAACAGACUCUGAGGCACAUGGCGUGCAGGUCUAUCUGCCUGGCCAAGGGGAGGUGUGGUACGAUGUUCACAGCUACCAGAAGUAUCAUGGUCCGCAGACCCUGUACCUGCCUGUAACUCUAAGCAGCAUCCCUGUGUUCCAGCGCGGAGGGACCAUUGUGCCCCGAUGGAUGCGAGUGCGGCGUUCCUCAGACUGCAUGAAGGACGACCCCAUCACUCUCUUCGUUGCACUCAGUCCCCAGGGUACAGCCCAGGGAGAGCUCUUUCUCGACGAUGGGCACACAUUCAACUAUCAGACUGGCCAUGAGUUCCUGCUGCGUCGAUUCUCAUUCUCUGGCAACACCCUUGUCUCCAGCUCAGCAGACUCCAAAGGCCACUUUGAGACACCUGUCUGGAUUGAGCGGGUGGUGAUAAUAGGGGCUGGAAAGCCAGCAACUGUGGUACUCCAGACAAAAGGAUCUCCUGAAAGCCGCCUGUCCUUCCAGCAUGACCCUGAGACCUCUGUGUUGAUCCUGCGCAAGCCUGGCGUCAAUGUGGCAUCCGACUGGAGCAUUCACCUGCGAUAACCCAUGGGAUGUUGGGAUGGGGUGCGGUGGUGAUUGAGAGUUACACUUCCUUCUGCCUUGGAGUUUGACCUUCCCCAGGCUUCGCCUUUCUUAUGCCGACGUCUGGGCAGGGUGAGAGGGCUGUCCCUGGGCUUGAAUUCCUUUUGUGACCUGAUCUCUCCCACCCCAUUGACACCAGAUCUCCCUUCAUCUCCCAGUACUCUGUUGCUCGAACUGGAGCACAAUCACCUGUGAAGACCUGGGGACCAUAGGGCCCUUGCUUUCCCUCCUCUUUUCUUUCUUUUGGGGGCCCUGAAUCUCCUCCAGACCCUCUCCAUUCAUGUCUCUUGUGUGUUGAUGCCAUUUCUUGGAAGAAGAUAAGGGCAGUGAGCUUUAGGGCUGCAUUUCUCCUUCCCCUUCCCUCCCCACCGAACUGCUCUCCCUCCUUUUAUUUCUUCCUCUGUUAGCCCUCUUCUCUGUCAGCCCUUCCCUUUUAAUGCCCCAUCGAUACACUGGGACCACCCCUUACCUGAUGAGGGAUGAAUGGAUCACAGGAGUGAGGUUGCUGGAAAACAUCCUCUUCCCUGGCUCCCAACUUUUCCUCUCCCUGCUUCUUUCUAGAGCUGCUGCAGUUCUGACAGGGGCAGUUCUACCUCCCCUGUCCUUUGGGGGAAAGAAGUUUCCACUCCCUGAGAGGGGAUAAACAAAACUUCUCUUGCCUCCUAAAAUUUUGUCCCGUUGAGGGGCAUUCAAGAUGGAGAAAUCAGUUGUGGUUUCAUCGAAUCACGGUCAUCUGUAUUUAUUGCUGGGAGAAGGCUGAGGGUGGGGGAGAGAUGAUCAUGUGCGCCCAGGGGUGGCCCAAAGCCCUGGGUAGGGGGUGGGGUGGGCAAGGACUAACUGGGGGCGAGGGGGAAUAUUUGUGGGAAUUUUUUUUACUUCCUCUUGGCCUCCAGCUGUGACAGGUUUUGAUAAAAGGAGAAACAAUAAAGAGAUAAACCAUAAA